AUGGCAAGUUCAGAGCAACCAAAAAAUGAAAAUGAAUGUGAUUACAGAGACAUUAAGCCAAUUAAAAUAUUUGAAUGCCCAGAUCAAGCAUCAAAAUUUAUUUGGGGAGUUAAUUCCAAUACUAUUUUACAACUUUCUUCACAAAUUAUCGAAUUAAUUACAGCUCACAAAAUAUCUAUCCAAAUGUCACUUUACCUGAUUGAUGUUAUUUCACAAAUUCGUGAAAAAGAUAUUAAAUUAUUUUCAGAACUAUAUCAAAAGAUAUCAAACACAUUUUCAUACAUCUAUAAACCGGAAAAUGAGAAAUUGGUUACGCUUUUACAUUAUAAAGGUUUCAAAUUUGAAAAUUUCGAACCUGAAAUGAAAGAAGAAAUAAUUCUGAAUUUGUAUUCAACAGAAUCUCCUUUAUACUAUAUUGCAUGGGAUAAAGUUGAUGAUCUUAAGAAUAAAUUCCCAAAUCUUGAUAUUAAUCAGGAGCUUAAUAAUAUCACUCCACUCGAUUGUGCAAUUAAAUAUGGAUCAGAAUUGUGUUUCAAUUACUUGAAAAAUUUAGGAGCUGAAUACACUGAUUACUCCGAAGAAUGUGCUGUUCAAGGCGGAAAUAAAAACAUUUUUAUGCAAAUGAUAGAAGAAGGUAAAUCAUUUGAUAACAUGAUUAAUACAGCAUUGGAUUAUCGACACUAUGAAAUUGCAGAGUAUCUUAAAUCAAAUUUUGGGCAAUUUCCUAAUUCAAUAGCUGAAUGUAUGUAUUUCGGAAAUUAUGAUGUUGCAUCUUAUUUACUUUCUAAUGGAAAAGAUAUCAACAAUAUUUAUAUUCACUUUCUUUUAAUAUUAAUCAUUGUUUUAUAG